GUCGCGACCACCAUCCUUCCUCUUUGGUCAACUUCAAUCUAACAAUUUACGGUGCGGGGAAACAUUGUUGAAGUCGAAGGGAGAGGUGAACAAGCCGCCGUAAGAAUGGAAUACAUGCUGCGACACGCCUCUCGGCAGAAGCAGUGCGAGAAGUUGACUUUGAGCGCUGAAGCGCUGAUUUCCAACUAGUCGGACGCACCAAGGACGUACCACAGUGCAAUUCCUCUCUUUUUUGGCUCUGACUCGGCGGCCAUGACAUUAAGGUCGAUCAUGAUUGUCACUUAUCAGAAUGGAAGUUUCUUGUCAGUACUGCAAACAGGCACUUCGAACUACAGCUAUUCCUAUCUUUUACGGUGAACUGAGCGCUUGAGGGACGCGAUGACGUAUUUGAUUCGACUAGUACUGCGAUCUGCGCAGUGCUCUCUAAGUCUUCUCUGUACCUCCAUCACCUUGUACAGAAUGAAUGAUCACUUGCCUUCCGACUGUACAGCAACAGACACCUCCCCAGUUCACAGAGUACCCCCGGAAGUUCUAUCUCUCAUAUUCACUUUCGCCGUGGACAGCAACUAUUUUGGACGGCGAAAGUUCCCUCGCAGAGUGGAGGCGUCUUCCUUGACGAAAAUAUGCUCAAGGUGGAGGUCUAUCGCUCUUGAAACACCGGAAAUCUGGGCUCGUAUCUCGAUUCGGGACGACUUUUUCUCCAGCGUCUACGCUACAAGAGUAGAACAAGGUCGUCUAAAGCUGUGUAUUGGACGCGCCAACUCGUUUCCUCUGUCUGUGCGGCUCGAUAUAGAAGCUGCGGUCAGUACGGACAUAAACGUGAUUCACCGACCUAAUAUAGAGGGGCAUACCACAUUCCUACGGUUGUUGACGGCACGUUCGGUCUGGGGUAGUCUAGUCAUUAACAUGACGGAUAUUCAGCGAGUGGAUCUCUGCAGGGCUGUCAUUGAAAUGAUAAAGGAUAAUCUGCAGUUUAUUCGACGACUCGAGGUCCAGUUCGCCAACUCCAUGGAAGAUAUGGAUUUGUUACAUAUUUGGCAGGGGAUAGAUACGUUUCCAAAACUCCAAUAUCUAGAUCUUCACCAUUCCCGGGAAAAGUUUCCUAGCGCCUCAGCGAAGACCUUCAUGACGGUUGAUACUUCCAUCUUUCCGUAUCAGCAACUCACCCACAUCUCUCUUAAUCUCAACGGAAGACCUGAGGAAACACUGCAAGUUUUACAACUUUCCCCGAACCUCGUAUUUGCACAUAUCCACUGCUAUCUACCCCAAAAUUUCUCUCCUGAAACUACCCAUAUUCCAUCCAUUUCUCUUCUGUCCCUAAAGACGUUGACACUUGACACGUUUCAGGAUCGCUCACAAUCCAAACUCGGUGUUCCGACUCUUAUUGGCGCACUGUUAACCCCAUCACUGAACUCCCUUUCCGUAUCGUGGAGGGCCAGUGAUCCAGACGAGGAGGACCUAUCCCUGAUCUCUACAGGGUUAUUAGACCUCUUCGCUCGGUCCGGGGUAUCAACCAGUCUACGCAAACUAGGCCUUUUUGUCAACGGUAUCGGGACAUCAUCGCCAACGGCAUGGAUUAGCCUCUUGGAGGUAUUGACUGGGUUAGAAGAGCUUCAGAUCGAGAUUUCAGAAAAUAAUAGGGUCGAAGUCGACGCUUCUGCGUUUCUACAACGGUUAGCGAAGGAACACGAUGGACGUGCUCCCAGGAGUCGUUUUCUUCCCAACCUCAAACACCUCCAAAUUCGUUAUAUCAACCACGCGAUUUUUACCUACGGGGGACGCCCUGAUCGACGCGCGUGGUUGAAUGGAUUUGAGACGAUGGUUGAAUCGCGUCAUUCUCGUGGGCUUAGAUCAGUACUGUUGGUGAUUAAAUGUGUGACUUAUGAAGCUUCAGAUUUGGGCUGGAAUUUGGAACGGUUGGAGCGGCUGCAACGAGAUGGGAGGUUGGCGAUACGGGUUUUGAAGGCUGUAACCCCUUUUGCAAAAGAGACUCUGGUUGAAUUGCUGGGUUAUGGGCUUGCUGGGUCGCCAAUGGAUCCAAAGCCAUGAUGGAUGGAACGAUUCAACCAUUUUUAAGGUAGUGAUCUUGUAAACAUUGUUCAUAAUCUUUCAUCAGAUUUUGGGAGCAC